AUUUGAAUAUAAUAUAUACUGUAAAUAUAAUAUAUAAUAUAUGCAGUCAACUACUCACUCGACUAUCCAUUGUAUGUUCACUCUUGCGCCUCUCGCUACUUGUAGCGGAUAAAGUAAUCAUGGAGCCCUCACCUCAAAGCACAUCUUUACCCGGCAAUGGGGAUGCUGCAUCAGCUUUUGAUACAAGCACGGGAGAAAGUAUGAUGCAGACCAACGUGGCCGGUAAUACUGAGUCAGCACGGCUGGAUGCCAAUUCGAAUACAAUUAUGAAUAUAGCACCAGCUACCGCGCAUGGCCAAUCACUUCAACCCAACGCGUUCCUCAAUACAAACAACGAACAAUUACAGUACCUCAAUACGCAGACAAUAAACAAUAGCUCUCCACAAACUUUGGACGGUGGUCAUCUCCGCGCAAGUCAGACGGGAGAUGGAUUUGCUAGUCCGAUCCAGAUAAAUCUGAAUUCGAACAACAUGGACGUGGGAUCGAGUAAAGACAUGGCCGUGAACAUGAAUAUGGACUCUAUGACAAAUGGUGAUGUGAAUGCAGGCGUGAACUUGGGGAAUAAUGCGAAUGCCAAUACAGGGCUUCUGAAUGAAGGGCAACCACGGGCUGAUAAUCUCAAAAGCUCUCAUGAAUAUACAAAUACGGAUGCUGGUGUCGGUAGUGCGAGCGGUGACGCUAACUUGUACGGGUUGGAGAAGACCCAAGUAGAUGAACAAAAAGAGCUGACAAGACUGCUAGCUCUGAUGGAUGAUUAUACGCCUACGGUAUGA